AGACGGGCCAGUUGUGGGGCUCUGACCCCCUGCCAUUGUCUAGGGGUGAAUGUUUACAGCUCCUGAAGCCCCACUGGGCGUGUGCUACAGGGUGCUCUGUUAGUUUGCUGUCUAUAGGCAGCUUGUGUUAACCAGCUCAAUUAGACCCUCUACCUUGUAGCAAAGACAGAGGGCUUUCUGUAUCCUGGGUUCUUGCCUUGGUGUACUGGAAGAAUCAGAUCACACAUGGGAGAAUGAGUGCGAAGUUUUAUCCAGUGGAAGUAGCUCUCCGCCAAUGGAGGAGCCAGAAGGGAGAUGGUUUUCCCCUGGCCUUGCGGUGCUCAGAGGCCCUGGCUCUUCUCCAACUGCCCCGGCCAAACUCUGCCUCAUCCUGCUGGUCGAUGGCCUGCUGGGUCAAUGGCCUGCCGGCCUGCCAGUGCCUGUCGGUGUGCUUUCCUGCCAGUGUGCUCCUCUGGAAGCCCUCUGACUACCAGCCGCUUGUCUCUUCUUCUGCAGUUGAGAAAUAGACGGUCCACAGCAGACAACUUAGAAUGGAAUAAGGGAGAUGUGUUUGAGGCACUACCAUUGGAAGAUGUGCUGGGGAGAAGCCCAGCCCAGCAACAUGCGGCAGGACCACAUCUCGGCAGAGCUGAAGACAGAGACGUUGCAGCCACAAGGACAACUGGCAUGCCUCACAUUCCUCAGUGUUGAAAACAAUAAAAGGAGGGGGAAUGAGAGAAAAAUCAAAUUUCUACGAAGAGAUGUCAGCAGUAAAUUUAAUGCAGGUGCAAUAUUCUCCAAACAA